GCCUCGCCUCAGCUCCACCGUCGCUGCCGCCGCCGCCUCACCGCGGCCCCCGCCGCCGCCAAGACGCCGCGGGCCGUGCUCCGAGUGAAGAAUGGGGCGGCCAAACUGGCCAAGCCGCCGGCGGCGGCGGGCGAGGCCCCCGGCGGCGCCCCCGGACCCGGGCUCUUCAUGGAGCGGUCGCAGAGCCGCCUCAGCCUCUCCGCCUCCUUCGAGGCCCUGGCCAUCUACUUCCCCUGCAUGAACAGCUUCGACGAGGAGGACGCGGAUGGGGAUGGUCGGAGACUGAAAGGAGCCAUCCAAAGGAGCACAGAAACUGGGCUGGCUGUGGAAAUGCCCAGCCGGACCGUCCGUCAAGCCAGCCAUGAGUCCAUUGAGGACAGCAUGAACAGCUAUGGAUCAGAGGGAAACUUGAAUUUCAGUGGAGUCCAUCUGGCAUCUGCUGGGCAGUUUAGUGACUUCCUGGGGAGCAUGGGCCCUGCACAAUUUGUUGGGCGUCAGACCUUGGCCACCACCUCGAUGGGGGAUGUGGAAAUUGGCUUGCAAGAGCGAAAUGGGCAGCUAGAAGUGGAUAUCAUUCAGGCUCGAGGACUGACACCAAAGCCCGGCUCCAAAACACUGCCAGCUGCUUACAUCAAAGCUUACCUGCUAGAGAAUGGCGUGUGCAUUGCGAAAAAGAAGACAAAAGUGGCUCGCAAAUCAUUAGAUCCUUUGUACAAUCAGGUGUUACUGUUUGCUGAGAGCCCACAGGGCAAAGUAUUACAGGUGAUAGUGUGGGGAAACUACGGACGGAUGGAACGCAAGCACUUCAUGGGAGUCGCCAGGGUCCUCCUGGAAGAACUGGAUUUGUCCACUUUAGCAAUUGGCUGGUACAAGCUCUUCCCAACCUCCUCGAUGGUGGAUCCCACUACGGGCCCGCUCCUGCGUCAGUCCUCGCAGCUUUCCCUGGAGAGCACAGUGGGACCCUGCUGUGACAGGUCUUAGUGAGUGAGGAAGGGGGAACUGCUUUUGUUUUUUAAACAUGCUGUCAAGGUUUUGUUUGCUGGAACUCUGACCUCAAGCGCAAUGCAUGUUCAAUCAGUUCUUGUGGAGCUGGAAGAGGAGGAUAAACCAGUGACCUUAGACAGAAGACGAGGGGGAGGGCGCUCUGCCCUCUCCAUCCGAGGAGGAGGUGCCGUGGGGCAUGAGUCCUAGUUGUCAAAUUAGACAUACACCUCUUGUUUCACUUCUCUCGCUGUCAUUCUUGGACCUUUGUUUCAGAUCAGUAUUAACCCUGGAAAGUUGCAGCGUUUGAAAGAAUUUGGGGGGAGUAAGGAAGGAAUUUUUCAUGACCGGGCGUCUUAGAAAUUUCUAAGAUGGAUUCUUUCACGAGAAAGUACCUGACAAAUUCAGAGGCUGAUAUCUGACCUAAAAAGAGCAGGAGCAGAAAGUUUAAGAGGAAGCGUUAGGAUUUUAUAAGGCCUUUCUUCUUGAAAGGCAAAAAAAGAAAGAAACCUGCAACUCUUUCUUUAGAACCAGUUCCCCAUCGCUGAGUCACGUUAACUGUAACGGUGUCGUUGCUGUGUUUUCAAACUGUGCCAAAUUACCAGCAAGUGUCUUUCCUGCAUUACUUGUCUAACACUGCUGAUGAAGCAGACUUGGUGGGAGAAUGAGUAGCGCCUACUUAGACCAGACAGUUUGAACAGAGUUUGGGUUUAGCUGGCUAAUUAACUGCAAUUUUGCUCAGUUAAAAAAAAAACACACAAAAAACAAAAACCCAACCACUAGAAGUGGGAGCUGAACAUCAGACUUGCAGCUUGAGAUAUGUUUUGUAUUGUCAGAUACAACGUUCUGCAAUUUACUGACUCCCUUCCUUGUCGCUGUGCAUCCUUCAGUCACAGUGUCUUCUGUCCCCUGCUUUUUCUUCCAUCUCCUUUGUACUGGUACAUAUCUGCUGGAGAUGCUGUCCUUCCCAGUGUGCUAUGGACUGACCUGAAACAGGACUGUUUGAUUCUGCCACGGGAGAGGAGAUUGAGGUUUCUGGGGGUGCAGAAGAAAGAAACCUCAGUUUGUCAUCUGAGGGGAAGGUGUUGGGGAACGUGUCACCUUCCUGGUGGGGAGAAGGGUGCUUUAGGCAGUCCCGGCAGUCCACAAACAUUGUCAAGUGUCCUGCAAGAGGAGAUGCGAUCCCCAAAGUCUGGAGAGGUGGUGGGUGAGGAAUGUGAAGAAGCAGUGGUCACAGCAUGUAUAUUUUGUUAAUUAAAGUGCAACGCUAGUUGUAAACGAGUCGUGUAGAUGGAGCCAGCAAAGCACAUUCUCUGGGCUGCUGAGCUGCCCUGGCUGUUGGCAGCAGAGUCACGUGCUGGAGUAAGUGUGCUAGAUCCUUCAGACAAUUAAAAGCAUAUUAUCCAAAAUCACAGAGAAUCUCCAAAGAUUUUCUGUUGAUAAGACCUCUUUUGGCUAGGUUUUGUCUUAGUUCCUGGUGAGGAUUUGAUGACUGCUGUCUCAGAAGAGGCUUUUGGAGAUGUUUUACUUCGUGAUUUAAAAGUGAAGGUCCCAUGUCACGUUUAGGAAUGAGCAGAUUUGUGACCUGUGGUAGAGGCAUUCUGAACAUUUAUUUCUGCAUGUGGACCUCAGCUUCGUUAGAAUAAAAGCAUGAGCGUUGAGUGGAUGGUAAAAGCAGUUGCUUUUGGUCCUAGCUUGUCUAUGGCAUUUUAAAUUAUUUUGAGAUAAAUUACAGGAUAGAUGCAAAAAUAAUAGGCCUUACAAUAAUCUCUGUAAAAAAAUUAUAUAAUAUAAAGGAGAGGGAAGGAGGAUAAGGGACAUAGAAUGAAUAGUUUUUUGAGUCUUCAGUGGCAAAAGCCUCAACAUUUCAAAGAAAUCUCUUAAUUUCCUUGAUCAACUACGUCUCUGGCCUCUCACUAAUUAUUUUUUCUAAUCGUAUUAGACAAUUUCUAUAUAUUAGCUAAAGAAAGUUUGUUGCAUGCUGGUCAAACUAUGUUGUGGCUCUCUCUUUUAUUUUUAUUUUUAAAAAAAAAAAAGCACAUUUACUUGUAAUUCAAGUCAGCAUCUUUUCCUCUUGGUAUGUAGUGAGUACUAGGCAAUAUUGUAUAAUAUGUGUAUGAACUAGAAUAGAUUAGGUAGAUUUAGUGGUUUGUAGCACUGGAUCUUUUAAUAACUAUGUCUUUCAAAGGACCGUGGGGAGCUCCGGGUACAUCCCAGACCUGGCAGCUGAGUGACAGAGCUUCUGUCUUUAAGUUAUGCUGAAACCUUUCUGUUGGUACUCAGUUUGGACAUUAUCUAUCAGUAAUAGCAAGUUAAUCACGGUUUUCUGGGGCCAACAAGAUGAAUGCAACAUUUUUGCAGUCUUGAAUGGGGUGCAGGAGACUAUAUAGGCCAAAAAUAUUCCCCCCCAAAGCCUUUGUUUAAUGGCUGUGCGUUGAACAGCUCGGUUCCUGUUCUCCUGGCAAAUGUCUCUAGAUCCUACCCCUCCAAAAGCUCUGCAAGCUCCAUGAUGAUCAGUUUAGUUACUUAACGCUGAGGACUAUCUUCCGUAUGUUUUUAAUCACGCUAAAAGGUCACUGUCAGGGUAAAAAAAAA